CGCGCACAAUAUAGCGGGAGGCUCUUGCUGCUGCCUGUUGCCACAAUAUGCCCCCUACCUGUUGUCUGUAAUCUCCAAUUCGCCCAACACGACCGCUCCAACUCUGCACAGCUAUCGCGCUCAGCAUGUCGACGUGGAAGGCGCUCAACCUCGAAUCGGAUAACGAGGAAGAAGACGAGAUCGACGAUACCAAAGAGAUCCAGAUCGAGGAAGCUCUGAAGCUCUACCAGACAGCGCUCAAGUUCCACUCCGAGGGGCCCCAAUCGUUCGAAAAGACCGCCGAAGCGUACAAAGCUCUCUUCGAGUCCGAAAUAUUCAAAUACCCCGAAUCGCUCUCCGAAUACAAGCGCCAUGAGCUGUUCGGCGACACCUUGGUGUUUGACAGCAUCCUCCAGGAUGACCUCGAAGCGGGCCCCGUUCAGGCCGUGGGCGCGAACGAGAGCGCCCCGAAUACGCUGCCGCAGAUCCUACACCUCUCGUACAAGAACCAUGGUCAGUUCAUGCUCGAGACGAUGCAGCACUGGGUCCGCCAGCACGGCGCUGUGUCGCAACAGCAGGGGUCAGGACACAUACUCAGCGUGUUGACGUACUUUGCCGAAGCGCUGGACAAGGAGGACACAGACCUGGAUCUAUGGAUACGGACGGCUUCAGUUGCGGCAAUGCUAGGCAGCCAGCGCAUCACCAGGUUCUGUCUCGAAGCUGUGCUCGACGGGGACGACGAGCUGUACGAUAACCUGUUCCGCCUUCCUGGCCUGGAAGACGGUUUCGCGGGGCAACAAUUGCAAGAGCUCAUAGCUAGGCUUGAGGACAACCUCUCCUUGAUGCAGGCACCACUGUCCACCAUGAAGCGGAAGAAACUUUCCGAGGUCCUCAAGAAACGCCUCAAUCCCUAUCCAUUCGCGCCUCUGCCAGGCGAGGUCGAUCGGCCCGCAGCCUUGCCGAUUCUUUGCAAACAGCCUGAGCGUGCUAUCUUAACCCCCACGAAGUGGGACUGGGCUGGUGUUGGAGAAGCAAUUCUUCGACACUACAUGGCAGAGCAAAGCGGUCUUCUGGACAGAGUCCCUCCCGGAUCCGGUAUCACCAUCCAGAUGCCACUGGACGCAAGCUCUAGCCCAGUUGCGAUCCAGGAACCCGAAAGCGCGCCGAUGGCCGAAGAGGCUGUCGCAUCGCAAGAAGAAACGCCCAAGGCACAGACCGAAGAUGCGGUCCCCCCUAUACCUGAACCUGAAGCAACCCCCCCAAAGGAUGGCGAGGACACCGUUAUGGAAGAUCAAGACAAGACUACAGCUAAAGCUGAAGAUCCCCGGUCGGCAACUCCCCUGGAGCUUGCACCUGCUCCAUCUCGCAAACGCUCGUCAGAUUCUGCCGGCUUACCAGAGACUGCUGAAGGUGGCCGCGCUCGCAGUAAACGCCUACGAGCUCGCGAGGUCACCGACUCAAGUGCCGGAGGCGACACCGCCGGGCAGGAGGCCGCAAAGCAGCUGGAAGAUCAGCUUUGGCAAUACACCCAUGCUGAUCAAUGCCUUUGCGAGGUGAUCAACGAUAUAUUUGCGCGACUGGGUGUCGAAGGGCUAGGUUCGCCGAAGGCAUUGCGCGAUCUUGUUACCAACCCAUCAGGAGCUUCAGCGACAGACAGUAUCGACAAGGCCGCCUGCGAUAUGUAUGCCGCGUUACAAAACACAGGACCAAAGAUUGCUCCAGUUCUGCUCAGCGGGGAGCCUGUGGACCUGGGCGGCGCAUCACGAGAGGCCGGAUUGAAUGCUUUCCUGGGUUAUGCCAAAUCCAGCAUCGCACAGGCCUGCGUUAAGCCAACCUUGCAGAGCGAAAAGCUCACUAGCUUUGCGCGUAACAUAAAUGACGCUUGGCUCUCAACCAAAGACGUCGCCUUUGCGUGGCUCGAAGUUCUUUUGUCGCCCGGUUCAGUCCCAGUUCCUGGUCAUUCUAACGAGGGCAGCAAGUCUAGCUAUAUGCGGUACCGAUGGACCGAAGACCUGAAACGUCAUCUGGUGCAAGUCAUAGUUAAUAUCGAUGACUUUAUCUAUGAGCGUAUGGUCGACCGCAUCGGCGGGCUCGAUACAAGGAUCCUCAAGGCUACAGAACAGUCUAAAGAGUACCAACUGUCUGGUUUCGAUGCCUCACAGGUCGAAAUAGUCGAAACACUGUUCGAGCUGCACCUCGAUAUUUACUCCCUGAUCAAACACCCACACAGCGGGGUGGACGUGGUCACACAGACCGUUCAAAAUGACCGCCUAGAGAGAUGGGCUGCUCUAGCCCGAGAAGCAAUGCAGCUGCGGUCGAGCUGCGAUGCGAAUAUCGGCCUGGACGAGCUGACUCUCCGCCACAUUUGGGCUUCCGUUUUCCAAAUGAGCGUCAGCGACGACGUUCUCCCAGAGCAUGUCAUCUAUGCUAUGGAGGAACUUAAAGGGAUCUUCCAGUCAUUAGAUGGCCGUACGAUCGAGGUGCAGAACAAUGCAGUCAUGCCAGAACUAUCCGUUACUGCCGUCGACCGCGAGCUCGUUCGAAUCAGCAUGAAAGACUUCUUCCUCAAGGUAUUUGACACUGAUGAGAAAGAUCCUGUAGCGGUCAUCGAAAGCUUGGAACCGAUUCUAGAGCCCGUGCAAGAAUCUGAGUUGACGGUAGAGAAGGAAGCGAAUGGUCAUGCUGAAGAGAAUGCCGGUUCACGAAGUCCAUCAACGGUUGGAAACACCGAUCAAACAGCCGAAUUCCAAGUCUCAAGACCAUCGCCGACACAGGAAAUGAGGAAAUUUUUGGACUCGGCUUCCUUUAACCUGCGACUGUCACUUUGGCAGCGUUUACGGGAAGCAUACGAGGCCAUCGAGUAUGCUCCGAAAGUCUUGUCCUGCUACUUGCGGAGCAUCGAAACCCUCGUCGGAGAAUUCAAGACACCCACUUACCAAGAAUGCUCGAUCCCAGAACGCCACGUCAAGCUGAUGAGCCGACUCCGCAUCGUCGAUGAGGUGGUUGUUAAGAUUCUUCAGAUCAUUAGGGACGAAAAGGAUGCCUUCGAUUGCCUCUCGUAUGAGCAUAUGCAGUCAUCAAUGUCGGCUAUUUCGCAGCUACUGAGGAUCAUGUCUGCAACGAAUUUUCUCCAAGACCUGACGCACAUUGGACAGCUUACCAUCCCCAGGAUCGAAGGUAUGCCGCCUGCAACAUUCGUGAACAUGACGAACAGGUUGCAUGAUAUGCAGCUUCGGCUCUGGAUUCUCCAAUAUCACCUGCUGAAAGAAGGGAUGUCGCAAACCGUCGAAGCGUUCCCGAUACCUUCGGAUGACGCAUUCGAAUACCUCAGGCAUGUUCAUCACGCAACCGGUGUGCGUGGCUUCUGCCACUUAGCCGGACGAACGUUUCUGAGACUUGCGAAAGAUGAGGUCCUACGUUUCGACGACGUUACUGAACCUAGCAAUCGCGAUAUCGAGUUCUCGCAGUUGUUGUACGAUCUUUACGGACUGAAAACGUUCAUCGAUCCUCUUGAAUGCCAGGAAUUUGGUUCGUCGCCGGACAUUCUUGACAAGAAGACCGCGACAAACCUACUACCAUUCGUUCAGUCUCAAGCUGAGAAAAUGAGCAUCAAGGAACUCCCCAAGCACGACUUAAAAGUCACUAUCGACAAGGUACAUGGAGCGUUGGGACGCCCGAAAACGACCGAGGACAUAUCUCUCAACCGAAGAAUUCUGACGACGUACUUCAAGUCCCCAGUCAAUCCGAUAUCUCUGUUCAAUUGCCUUAAAGGUGUUGGAUCACUCGCCACGAGGCAUAUCCCUGCUGAAGCCGCGCUUCCCGCCUCGAAAGGAUGGUAUUUCUUAAUGGGGAACAUCGCCCUCAACAAGUUCAGGUCCCUGAAGAAAAUGACCCAACAGCCCACGGAAGACCUCAACUUUGCUCAAGCCUUCUUCCUGCAAGAUCUCGAAUAUUCUAUCGAGCGAUGGGAGACUUGGUAUCGGCUAGCUCAAGCCAACGAUACUCAGCUCGAAGAGGCCGUAUGUUGGAAUGCGGACAAGAUGAACAGCAACAGCGUAGAGCUGAUAAACUUUCAGCGGGCUGCCAUCCACUGCUACACGAUGGCCGUUGCUUGCGCUGUCCGCGACGCAAACGCGUCGCCCGAGACUAGACUUAAAGUUUCGCGAAUGUACACCGACUUCGGAAAUCGCAUGUAUGCAUCGUCUAGAGAACCAUUUAGCAUGAAUGCCUUCAACAUCCGGGAAACCGAGCAGAAGUACUACAGCGGCAACAUCACUCAGGUGGUUUAUCAGAACGUGCCCUUCAGCCCAAUGUCCGUCUACACCACCUGGAAAUUUGCUAGCGUUCUGUUCAAGCGGGCAAUCAAAGGCGACCCAGACAAGUGGUGGAAUUAUUACAUGCUUGGCAAGUGCCUGUGGAAAAUGUACUGCGCCAACGCCGACUUUGCCAUUGCUGCUAUCCACCAAGGCGAACCGGUGCCUCCAAACAAUGGACCAGUUUGGGAGGAAGUGAUCGAUGCAGUCGUCAACGCGAUCGAGACGCUACCUGAGAAGAAGGGACGGAACGGCGAACCAAUACUUGAGCCCCACUACAAACUGGUCUCUAUUGUGCAUAAGCUAUUCCAACGCAAGGCCAUUGAUCACGAAAAAGGCGAAGAAGUGCUGAAGCAGACCUCGUAUGCGCAGAACCUUAGCGGGCCCGACAGUGCCGAUGAUUGGGAACGGUAUAUUCUUGCCGUACUUAAAGCGCUUCGAUCCGCAGACAAAUCAGCCUGGCACCACCGGAUCAUUGCUCGGGCUGCCCAUGUCAUUUACGACGACUCCAAUGACAUGAUGGUUGCACAUGGUGCUAAGCAUGAGCUGACGCAACAUAUCUUCACGAAGACCAUGGCUGUCCAGGUCUGGAAGCCAGAGAACGAGCGACCUGGCAGGCACUUUGUGUACACCACUCGCUACACAAAGUUUUUCAUCCACCUCCUAGACCAGACAGGCGACAAGACGAGUCUCGAGGCCUUGGCGAAGCGCGUGAGGCGGAAGUCGACAGACUUUUUCGAACAUUCCAAGCUAUGGCAGGAGCUGUGCCUACGAUACUUGAAGCUCCUGCGUCGAAUGGGGAAGAUUCCGGACGGGCAUGAAGAUACUAUCUUCAAAGCCAUCAAUUACGACGAGUUCUCCGUCCAGGCCGCCCGUCUGGAGGCUUGGUGCCAGAAUCCUUUGACCCAGCAUCCCGUGCUGGACGUCUUGCGCGAUGUUAUCGAUCUGAAGCGGCUCAACAAUACCCUCAUGAAAGCUCUUCUCAUCGACGACCUGAUUGGCGAUACGUAUGCCUUGCUGUACACUACUGUUGGACCAACUCUGCAGCCCCUGCCAUCAGAGAAGCUGCAGCCUCAACAGCCGCAAGCUGCUUUUCUUGCUCUAGGGCAGUCGAAUACCGGUCCAUCGUAUAUACCAUCGCUCAUGCAGGUGCAAAUGGACGGCUCUAUUGAUGCAAAUCACAAUGCAUCGCCCUUCAAUAUCUAUCAUCCCAGCCAGCUGCAACCCCAGCAAGCUGACCCUGUGGUCAAACCUAGGGCCAAAACGGUCGGACGCCGAGAGAUUGCACGACGAGCCGAAGCCUGCGCCCAGAAGCCCGCUGGUGCCCCUGCUCUCGCAACGACUGCGAUUCCGAUCCGCUCGCCUCCGACCGCCAUGCAUGCUACACUUGCUCUCGCUGCCCGCCCGUCGCCCGAAAAAGCGGCCAACGAGUCGAAUUCUGCAACUGAGCAACUGCAGGUUCCCAACAGCGGCACUGCGACUGCUGCUGCCAGCGUCACCAACGUAGAGAGCAGCGCCCCAGGCUCGAUGCACGAUGACGCGGACGAUGAGAGUGAGUUGAGCGAGCUAGAUGAGGAAGAGGUGCAGGAGAUUGGGCAGGAGGUUACGGAUGCGGCUGGACAUCCUUCUGUAUCUUCCAGGUUUCUGUUUCCUAAUUUGCACGCCGGCAAGGAGAAGGCGAGGUCGGACGAUCACCAGGAUGAUGGCGAGGGUGACAGCGGGGCUGGGAAGGAUGUGAAGACGGAGGAGUGAGGUCUGUUCUGCUUAUGGAGUGUCCAACAACGGCGCGGAUUUGAACAGAUCUGUGUCCUUGUGUGGCAUCCUUUUUCUUUGUUGUGCUUUUCCGUUAGAGAAGGACUCGACGAGUACUUGUUCGAGAGGCAUCAGCAUGAUCGGUGUGUAUAUUGGCACAAUGGCGUCUCGGAUGCUGUCGCAGGCUGCAUGGGUAUGAUGCGGCUCGGGAUAUUCAGAUACCCUUCUUUCUUAGGGUCGUAUUAGAUGUAAAGCAUGUAUAUUCGAU